UGUUUUAGAGGAAGAUGGAGAACCCACUUCUUUUAUUCCCCCAACUCAACAUUUCUGCUUCAAAGGAUAAACCCUAUUACAAACUCAUGAAAUCAGCGAUUAAGGAAGAACCACACAAGGCGAGCAAGCCUGGAGCCAAGCAGAAGAGAAAUAGGCUGAGCCUGCUCCUGCAAAAACCUGAAUUCCAUGAAGGUGAUCACCUUGGCAAACCUGGAAACUUGACAAAAGCAGCAAGCAGUGUGUCUCCUGAAGAAGCAGUGAAAUGGGGAGAGUCUUUUGACAAACUGCUUUCUGAGAAAGCUGGGCUGGAUGCCUUCACAAAGUUUCUGAAAACUGAGUUCAGCGAAGAGAAUAUUGAGUUCUGGAUAGCCUGCGAGGAUUACAAGAAAAGUAAAAGUGCACACGAACUUCUGCCAAAAGCCAAGACCAUUUUUGAAACAUUCAUACAGAAAGAUGCUCCCAAAGAGGUGAAUCUGGACUUUCAUACCAGGGAAGUCACAAGCCAGAGCAUGAGGCAGCCCCUGCGCAGCACCUUCGACGCGGCGCAGAGCACGGUGUACCGGCUGAUGGAGCAGGACAGCUACCCCCGCUUCCUGAGCUCCGCGCCCUACCGCAGCCUGCUGCAGGGCCGGCCCGCGGCCCGGGCCCCGCUGCGCCGGCGCUCCCGCUCCUUCACCGUCAGCGACUUCCAGGGUGCGCGGCCGGGCCUCACCGCCUGGUGA